UCUAGGGUUUGCAGCGUUUCUUGUCUACACCAUGUCUGAGCAUCAGUGCAACCAUAAGCUCCCUGCUGAAAUCAGGACUUCUUGGACCGAUGCCAACCCGGCCAUGCGAUUUUAUCGUUGUCCCCUACAAGAAGCUGAUUCUUGUUCUUAUUUUGAGUUCAUCGACCCGAGGCCUACUGAGUUGCAACGGAACUUCAUUGCCAAGCUCAAACGCGAAAGAGAUCAACUGCAAGACGAGCUUCGUAGGAAAACCUGUGAAUGUCUUGAUUUGAAGGAGGCCGAGGAAAAUGCAGAGACCUACAUCGUGGAGCAUCAUGAAAUGGGUGAAGAAAUUGUUAAACUUAAGGAGGAGCUAACCAAAUUGAAGAGAAAGUGUUGGUUGAGGGGUGCUGUGAUAGGGCUUUUGCUUGGUGUAUUAGUCGUUGUUCAUGUUUAGAAUUCUGUCUAGUGGUUGUAGAAAUAGUAGAUAUUGGUAUGGUUUCAUUAAGUGGUUGUCAUUUUGGUUAUUUUUUACAA